AUGGCGACCACCGCGCCAAUGUCGGCCUCCAGCGGCUUGUGCAGCGGCUCGAUGCGCGCCAAGAACUCCACAUUCAAUGGCUCGAGCCUCAGGCUGGCUGUGGCCGGCCGGCAGCUGGCGGCGGCGCCACGCUCCUCUGGCCGCAGCCUGGGCCUGGUGGCGGAGGCCAACCUGUUCAGCCGCGUGGCCCGCAUCUUCAAGUCCUAUGCCAACUCCGCACUCAAUGCGGCCGAGGACCCGGAGAAGAUCCUGGAUCAAGCGGUGACAGACAUGCAGAGCGACCUGAUCCGCCUGCGCCAGGCGGCGGCAGAGGUCACGGCCUCCCAGAAGCGGCUGCAGAACAAGUACGAGCUGGCGCAGAGCACGGCGGACGACUGGUACCGCCGUGCUGAGCUGGCGCUGGGCAAGGGCGACGAGGAGCUGGCCAAGGAGGCACUGUCCCGGCGGAAGGCCUUCCAGGACAACGCAGCCAUGCUCAAGGGCCAGCUGGAGCAGCAGUCCAGGGCUGUGGACACCAUCAUCGGCAACAUGCGGGUGCUGGAGAACAAGCUGGCGGAAGCCAAGAUGAAGAAGGACACGCUCAAGGCGCGGGCGCAGAGCGCCAAGAGCGCGCGCGCCAUCAACGACAUGGUGGCGGGGCUAGAUACGAGCAGCGCGCUGGGCGCGUUUGAGCGCAUGGAGGAGAAGGUGAUGUCUCUGGAGGCGCAAGCAGAGGCGGCGCAGAUGCUGGUGGCCCCCGACAGCAUCGAGAACAAGUUCCGGGCGCUGGAGGGGUCUGACGUGGACGAUGACCUGGCCAAGAUGAAGGCGGCCCUGGGCAGCGGCAAGGUGGCGGGAGAGCUGCCCCCAGGGCGCCCCCUGUCGGAUGCUCUGGACUAUGAGCUCAGCGACUUGAAGCGCAAGAUGGGCAACGGCAACUGAUUGGACGGCUCAUGCGCCGGAACCUGGAAGAAAGAACGAGCGCUUGCCAGCCAUCGUGUGGCUGCCGCCGCUGCCGCGCCGUGGCUGCUGCCGCCGCCGCCCCGGCAGCGGCAGCGGCUGUGGCGCUGGCGCGCUGCUCUUGUCCAGUCUCUUUGAUGAUUUCUGCUGCCCCACUCUCACCCAACCAACCUCUUCAACUGAUUCCCCCAGUCCCCCUCCUUCUUGGAUCGAUUUGAUUUCAAUUUGAGUGCGCAUUGUUUCUUCACAGAUGCUCUUUUCGGUAGGGGUUACAUGUACAUCUGUAACCUUCAGAGCC